UGCAAGCCAUGCCGAUUCGGCAUACGCCGUCUGCACCCGCCGCUUUUCGAGUUCGGGUUUUUGUUGAGCAGCUAAAAUUUCGGUCGGACCCAAGAAGCGGGGACCUUACAUCAUGUCCCUUGAUGAUUUCUCCAGACUUGCACCUCCGCGCCUCUCAGUCGCCUUCCUGUCACCCCGGCGUUUUGGGGUGCUUCUCUGACUCGUCGUCUCCGUCUAAGUUGAUGUUCUCUCUUCCACGACUAUCAGGGAGAAACAACAGCUAUCGUAGUGUUCAUCCUCUGCAUAGCUUGCGACGGAUCCUACGAAGGACUUCCAAACAUUGGCUUCGGUCCAGCGUUCCUCAGGUCCAUUAUUCUGGUAGAAACGGAGCAGAUUGGAGGGGGGGAGGAAGAUCGGUACUGGCACUUCACGAGAAUGUCGACAGUCCGAGUCCGAAAGAGGUUUCCGACGGCGGUUCUGUGAAUGGUCAAGAAUGGUUCCGUAUUGCUUAUAAAAAUCAGAUCCCUGACUGGCUGAAGCUUGAAAAAAAUGGGGUGUACGGGCUGUGCUAUCUCCGACGCACUGGAACGAGGAAUGAAGUCGUCGCUCUAUUCCUAACAUGAUCGGAUGCCUGAAAAACAUCCGUCAUCUUGUAUG